AGUGCAUAUAAAAUAAUUUUACAAUUCAUUUACAUAAAAAUAUUAAAUUUAAAUUAAAAAUUAUUCUUGUGAUAUAAAAAAUAAAUAAUAAUUAAUAUAAAAUAAUAUAAUUAUAUAAAAUUAUUCAAUAAAAAUAUUUAAUUAUUUAAAAAAGAAAAAUUUUAAUUAAAAUUUAAAUUGAAAAAAAAAAAAACUAUUCAACAAAAAAUAAGAAAUUUUUUUUUUAUUAUAUUUUUUUUAAGUUAAAAAAAAACCUUUUGAAAAUGCCAAUAACACCUAAUACAAAGGGCUUCCAAAGAAGCCAAUAUUCACCAUUUCGUAAUCAAAUAAAUUCAAUUGAUAUAUUAGAUGAUAAUAAUGAUGAAAAUGUAUUUAAUAAUUAUGAUGAUGAUAAUAAUAUUAAAAAAUCAUUAUCAAUUAAUUUAGAUAAUAAUAAACAAAAUUUUGAUAAUAAUACAGCAACAACAACACAAACAACAGCAAUGAAAACAAUGAAAAAUAUUAAAAAUCGUCGUUUUGAUAGUGGUAUUAGUGUUAUUAAUAAUAGUAUUAAUUGUGAUAUAAAUUAUGCUGGUACUAGUAAUAGUGGAAUUAAUAAUACAAUACAAACAACAACAGUAGCAGGAACAGCAACAACAACGACACAAUCAACUAAUAUUAAUAAAAAUAAUAAUUUAAAUAAUAUUAUUAUUGAUGAUUGUGAACAACAACCAAUAAUGAGUGGUUGUGGUGGAAAUGAAACAGAUGAUUUAGUUAUAUCUGAAUAUUUAAUAGAAGAAACACGUUCAUCAUGUUACGCUGUUUUAAAUAGUGGAGAAGAUGAUGAAAUGCAAAUAACUGGUUAUCGUAGAUCUAUAUUAAAAACGAUAUUAUGUUAUAUUGGCGUUAUAUUAACUGGUGGUAUAUUACGUUUGGUAAUGCAUUGGUGGAAACAUUGGUAUGUUCUUGCAACACAUUCAAAAUGUCCAUUAGAUCAAGCUGAAAAAAUUUUAAUAUUGGAAGAUUAUCAGGGUAAACAUCAAAUAUAUUAUGUCAAAGAUGUUAUCACAUUAAAUUUGGAAACAGUAAGGGAAAUGAAAAAGAAACCAGAAAAAUGGGAAAAACAUUUUCCAAUACAUGAUACAUUUGAUGAGAAAGAAUUUUAUUUAUCAAUACAUUUUUCAUCUGGAAGUUUUAGGCAUACCGAUUCAAUAAAAUUGUUUCGUUGCAAACAAUUACGUUAUAUAUGGGAUAUACAAACUCAAUCAUUUCAAAAACUUCAAGGAUUAGAUGUUAAUUUAACAAGUACAAUAUUACAUCAACGUAAAGGUUUAACAGAACAAGAACAAUUAUCAAGACGAUUUGUAUAUGGUAUAAAUGAAAUAUCAGUUCCAAUGAAAGGAGUAAUGACAUUAUUAUUUUUGGAAGUAUUAAAUCCAUUCUAUGUUUUUCAAAUAUUCUCAGUUUGUUUAUGGUUAGCAUACAAUUAUUAUUAUUAUGCAGCUGUUAUUGUUUUGAUGUCAGCAUUUGGUAUUAUAAUGUCAAUAUUACAAACUAAAAAGAAUCAAGAUGCAUUACAGAAUACAGUACAUAAUAGUGAUUGCGCUCUAGUUGUCUCUGAGAAUGGUGAAAUUCAUAAUACUGAAACAAGAAAUUUAGUUCCUGGCGAUAUAAUUGAAAUACCAUCAAGUGGUUGUUUAAUGCAAUGUGAUGCUGUUUUAUUAUCAGGAAAUUGCAUUUUAGAUGAAUCAAUGCUAACAGGUGAAAGUGUACCGGUUACAAAAACACCUUUACCACUUAAACGUGAUUUACUGUUUGAUAAGAAAGAGCAUAGUCGUCAUACAUUAUUUUCUGGUACAAAAGUUAUGCAAACACGUUAUAUUGGUUCCGAAAAAGUAUUGGCUGUGGUAAUAAAUACAGGGAAUAUUACAGCUAAAGGUGGUUUAAUACGAUCUAUAUUAUAUCCACCUCCGGUUGACUACAAAUUUGAACAGGAUUCAUAUAAAUUUAUAACACUAUUGGCAAUUAUUGCUGGACUUGGUUUUGUUUAUACCCUUGUUACAAAGAUACAACGUGCCGUGAGCGCUACAAAAAUAGCAAUUGAAGCAUUAGAUUUAAUUACGAUUGCUGUUCCACCAGCUUUACCAGCGGCAAUGACGGUAGGACGUUAUUAUGCACAAAAACGUCUGGAGCGUAGUAAUAUCUAUUGCAUCUCACCAAGAACAAUAAAUGUAUCUGGUAGUAUUGAUUGUGUUUGUUUUGAUAAGACUGGAACUUUGACAGAAGACGGUUUAGAUAUGUGGGGUGUUGUACCAAAAUCAUCAACAAAUCAAUUUCAGAUACCUUUAAAGCAAAUCGAACGAUUACCACACGAUCAUUUAUUAAAAGGAAUGGUAACAUGUCAUUCGAUUACAAUCAUGAAUGGUGUAAUGAAAGGUGAUCCGUUGGAUUUAAAAAUGUUUGAAUCUACAGGAUGGCAACUAGAAGAAGCAAAUGUUGCUGAUGAUAAUAAAUAUGAUUUAUUGUUUCCAACAAUUGUUCGGAAACCAAAAUCAAAUUCUUUAUCAAAGCUGACGACUGAUAGCACUGACAAUAUAUGUAUGGAAAGGAACUUUGAUACAGCUUUAUUACCAUCAGCUCAAUCAGUGAAUUCUUUCGAAGAAGAUAUAAUAUCGCAAGCUGAUGAUAUUGGUAUUGUCCGUGAAUUCCCAUUUUCAUCAAAUUUACAACGAAUGUCUGUGAUAACACGUCGUCUAGGGGAUAAUCAUUUCAAUGUGUAUUGCAAAGGAGCACCAGAGAUGAUACAAUCGUUAUGUAAAUCAGAAUCAGUUCCUGAUAAUUACUUACAUCAAUUGGAUAUAUAUGCACAACAAGGUUACCGUAUCAUAUCAAUUGCUUACAAACCAUUAGAUAAGAAAAUGACAUAUCCAAAAGUUCAAAGAAUUGCAAGAGAUAAAAUCGAAUGUGAUUUAGAAUUUUUGGGUUUUGUUAUAUUAGAAAAUCGUUUGAAGCCAGAUACAACUGAUGUAAUACACAGUUUAAAUAUGGCUAACGUGAGGACAAUCAUGGUGACAGGAGACAACAUAUUGACAGCAAUAAGCGUUGCAAAAGAUUGCGGAAUGAUACCUAAACAUCAAAGUAUUAUUACAAUAAAUACUAAACCAGCUGCUACUGAUUCAGGGAAAUACGAACUUUAUUAUACUCUAUCUGGAGCGAACGUAAAUCCUACUAACCCUGCAAUAACACCAAAUGGAAAUGGUGACAUUACAUCGUAUAUGACAAAUAGUAACAGCGUAGCUAGUCUUGAAACUGUAGACACAUGGACUUGUGCACAGCGUGAUGUGGAAUUAGGAGGAGAUGGUAUCGGUUUCAAGAGUGAUAUGACUCCAUCAACCACAAUUAAAGGAUCUCUCUCAGCUAUAACGCCCUCAUCUAUUACUGCCAAACCUUUAAUUGAUCAGUCUCCGAACGAUUACUUGCUCAACAACUAUCGUUUCGCUAUGGUCGGGAAAACUUGGGCCAUUGUACGUGAACAUUUUCCAGAUUUAUUAUCAAAAUUUGUGACUCGUGGUACAAUUUUUGCCAGAAUGUCGCCAGAUCAAAAGCAAGCACUUAUAUUAGAAUUACAAAAUUUAGGUUAUUAUGUAGCUAUGUGUGGUGAUGGUGCUAAUGAUUGUGGUGCACUUAAAGCAGCACACACAGGUAUAUCAUUAUCAGAGGCAGAGAGUUCUGUUGCAUCACCAUUCACAUCGCGUAACCCAACAAUAUCUUGCGUUCCAAAUGUUAUUAAGGAAGGCCGUGCUGCGUUAGUAACAUCUUUUGGUAUAUUUAAAUAUAUGGCAGCAUAUUCUUUAGUACAAUUCGUAUCAGUUUUAAUUUUAUAUUCGAUUGAUUCCAAUUUAACAGACAUACAGUUUUUAUAUAUUGACUUGUUUUUGAUAUCUAUUUUCGCAUUCUUCUUCGGUCAAACAGGUGCAUACGAUGGUACGUUAGUUAAGCAACCACCUUUAAAUUCAUUGGUAGCCUUAAGUCCCAUAGCAUCUUUAAUAUUACAUCUAACUGUUAUAAUAACAAUGCAAACAAUCGGUUGGUAUCAUGUACAAAGUGAACCAUGGUUUGAACCAUUUAAUUUUUCAGCAACUGAAGAUGAAAAUGAUUUAGCAUGUUACGAAAAUUAUACUAUAUUUGUUAUAUCAUGUUUUCAAUAUGUUAUAUUAGCGUUUGUGUUCUCGAAAGGUGCACCAUAUCGUCGUCCAAUUACUUCAAAUAUUCCAUUUUUAUUGGCACUUUUAAUAAAUUUAGUAGUAAUAUUAUAUUUAACUUUGAUUCCACAUGAACCAAUAGCAAAUUUUUUCGAAUUAAAGGUCCCAGAUGAUUUUAACUUUAGGGGAUUUUUAAUUGGCUAUGGCGCAGUCAAUUUUAUUUUAGCAAUAUUUAUCGAAUGUUUUAUUGUUGAAUAUUUAUUAUUUAAGAAAUUCCAAAAAUCUCAAUUUUCAAUCAAUUAUGAAAAACAACAUCGCAAAUAUUUGCAAAUGGAAGAUGAAUUAAAACAUAAUAUGAAAUGGCCCCCAAUAUCAUACUAUAAUAGCGAUAUACAAUCAUCAAAUUAUGAAAAUGGUGAAGAUAAAUCAUCACCUAUUUCUUAUGCUGAAAUAAGUGCUGAACAUACUAUUGAUAUGAAAGCACCAGAAAAUAGUGUUUUAAAUAACUUUUUUGAACAAACAACUAAUCCAAAUACAAAACAAUUAGGAAAUUUUCCACAUACUGAUUUAGAUGAUAUUGAUGAUGUAACUGAUUAUGAUGAAAAUCAAGAACUUCCAUUUAGUUUACCACAAUCUGAAUUAUCGGAUUACGAAUCAGCUCAAAAUAUUUUAUUAGAAAGUCCACAAAAUUCUGGUAAUUCAGAAAAUUCUAUACAUGGAAAAGUCACAACAACUGAAAAUAGUAGUAGUAAUAUUUAUGAUUCAACUGAUGAUGUUUAUCAUCCAACAAUUGAUAAAUCAAUUGAAUCGUUAGGUGCUAUUGAUAAAACUAGUCAUCAAAAAACUAUAAAUUCAUCAAAAAAACAUUUAAAUUUAGACCAAUUACAUAGUAAUAAAAGUAGUCCAACUAUAAAUAUUCAUGUACAAAAUAUUGAUGAAAAUCCUAAAAAAAGACAAUGUGUUUCAAAUUCAUAUAAUUCUUUAAAUAAACAACAGCGUCACUCACCGGUCAAUGGAAUUGAAAUGACAAAUAAUGAAUCAAUUCUAUUACAAAAUCAUCAUAAUCCAACAAUAAUAGGAAUAAAUUUAUCAAAUAAAAAUUUAAAUAAAAAUAUAUUAUCUGAUACAAAAAUAAAUUCAAAUGAAUCAAAAAAUUUAUAUCAAAGUGAUGUUAUUAAUGGCAGCAGAACAAGCCGAAAUUAUGAUGAUUUUGGUGAUGAAAUUAUUAACAGUUCUCUUGGCGAUAAUUCAUGCAAAAAUUGUAAUAUAAUACAAAAAAAUCAAAUAAAUUGUAAAAAUAAUAUAAGUAAUAAUAGUUUAAGUGGUAUUAAUUUAAGUAAUAAUAAUUGUCAGAAAGAAAUAAAUAAUUUAGAUAUUAUAGAAACAAAAAUUGAUAAAAAUGAAGAUGAUAAGUUAAGCUGAAAACUACUUAAAUUGAUGUCAAAAUUUUUAUUAUUGUUAUGAUAUUUUUAGGAACGAAAAAUAAUUACUAUACACAUAUAUAUAUAUUAUAUUAAUUCUAUCGGAAAUAGAAAAAAAUAAAACAUUUAAAAAAAAAGGCAAUAAAUUAAAUAAUUUUUUUCUUUUUUUAAAUGAUUAUUUAUUGUUUUUCCAAUUUUAUGUUCAAUUACUAUUGUGUACUCGUAACUUACAAAACAAAUAAAUAAAUUAUUAAAAAGCCAAACUUAUGUAAAACAUUUCUUUUUAAUUUCUUUUAUUUUUAUAUACAUACAUAUUAUAAAACUAAAACUUGAAAUUCGAAAAUAGUUUAAUGAAAAAAUAAACGCAUGUAAAACAAGAAUUCGGUGAAUAAAAUAAAAGAAAUAAAUACAUUUUUUUUUUAAUUUACAAAAUUUUAAUAUAAUUUUUAAUAAUUUUUCAUUUUCACAAUUCGGAGUUAAAUGAUUUGUAAAAAAAAAAAUGACACACCAAAAAUUUUUUUACAAUUUAAAUUCUUUAUAUAACAUUAAAAUUCUAUUAAUUCUAACUCAGUAAAUAUCUCAUCCUUAUAGUUUAUUAAAUAAUCCAAAAUUCAUUAAAAUUCAAUUUAAAAAAAAUCAUUUUUCUCUUCAUAAAUAUAGAAUAAAAAAUAUUUCAAAAGAUAAAGAUAUAGGAAGAAUUGAAUAAUCGGCGAUAAAAAAAAAAAAAUUUAAUGUCAUAUAAAUUAAUUCAAUAUAAUAUUAAAUUUUUUUUAAAAUUUAAAUAUUAUGGAAAAAACAUGAUUAUAACUUGUAGGACCAAUAUAUCAUUCACUUAAAAAUUUAUCAAAAUAUUAAAAUUUCUAAAAUUACAAUUUCAAAACUAUUAUGUUAUUUUUCUAUUCUAUUUUUUGAGUAAUAAAUAAAUUUUAAAAUAGUAAAUCAUAAUUUUCUUUAUUAAAAUAAAGUAUAAGAAAGCAAAUCAAGACGAAGACAACCUUAUGUAUAAAACCGUUUCAAUAUUUUCAUACAUUUUCUAGAUUUUUAAAUUUUCUUUUUUAGAAUUUUCAAUACUUUUUAAUAUAUUGAGGGAACAAUUUUACACAUAAAAAAAAAAUAAAUAAAUAAAACAAAAAAAAAUAAGAAAAUUUGUAACUGGAAUGAACGAAUAUACGAAUUCUUGAAAAAAAAAAUAAUAAUUUGUUCUAAUUCUUUAAAAAAUAAAAUAUUUUUUUCAUUUUUUUUUUCUUUUCUGUUUUUAUAAAAUUAUUUAAAAUUUUAUAUUUUUUAUUUCUAAUUUAAGAUAAGCAUUAUAUUCCUAAAAGAUUUUCUUAGACGUAACACUUGAGUUAAUAGAAUAUUAUUCAAAAAAUUUUAUAAUUUUU